ACAGCUUCCAUGCAGUUUGGCAGUGCCCUGCCUGUAGAAAGAGUCCACUCCCAGAAGGGAAGGGCUGGGUUUCGGAUUUCAUUUCCCUUGUAAACCAUUCCCAGAUUCCAAUCCACUUGCAGGGCUUCUCUGCUGCUUUCCAGUCUCAGACCUCAGAGCAAGCGAGCCCCCAGCCCAGGGAGCUGAAGGAGGGCACGGUCAAUUUCAGGAAGUCCAACAUGAGACCAGCAUCUCUCUUCCCCCUCGGUAGUCUCUUUGUUUUCUUCUGGCUUGUAGAGGGCAGAAUCAUCGGGGAAGAUGAAGCCGGUUUUGCUGAAUGUAACAAGUUCUUUUAUGAAGAGACCCCGCCUAAAGGACUGGCUGAGCCUUUCCACGUGAAAAUCUGUCAAAAAUACAACGGCAAGGAGCGCUUUGCCACCCUGUACAGCACCCAAGAAAAGAUACCUGUUUACUCGGCUUUUCGAUAUGCUGUCUCUGGAGAGAGUAGGGAGCAGGGGUGGAUGAUCGAACCCCAGAUAGAUGACCCCAACAGCAACUUUGGAGAAAUGAUGAAUGAAGCAGAUGCUGUUAACUCUGUAGACAAUCUUGGAAGCAAACAAGCCCUAAGUACUGACUACCUGGAUUCUGAUUACCAAAAAGGACAACUGUACCUCAGUUCCCUUAACAGUGAUGAUUUCCAGGUGGCAACGUACACCCUCACGAAUGCUGCACCUAUGACCCAGUCAUUAAGGGAAAGGUGGUACAUGAAUGUGAAUAGCCUGAUGGAUCUUGCCUUGGCCCCAUACUGUGGGAAUGGGGAUGACCUGUAUGUCAUUACAGGAGCAGUGCCCUCAGACCACAGAGUUAAGGACAAAGUAUCUGUCCCUGACUUUGUUUGGUUGGCUGCUUGCUGUGCUGCUCCUGGAGGGUGGGCUAUGGGAUUCAUCAAGCAUAUGAGGGAUGGGGAUAUCAUAGAAGAUGUGAUGGUGAAGGAUCUUGAAAAGCUGCUCCCAUCUGGGACUCAGCUGUUCCAAAACAAUUGUGGGGAAGCAGACCAAGACACAGAGAAAAUGAAAAAAAUAUUAGAAAUGGUUAACCAUGUGCAGGAUGAAGAGAGGAUGGUCCAGGCUAAGUCAAGUUCUAGCCAAUUAUCCAGUUCUCAGAACAAACGGUCUGCUCGGUCAUUGCCAGAUGAAGCCAAUGAGAGCAGCUUGCUCAGAACAAUUGGCGGCAUUGUUGCUACCCCUUUUGUCAAGCUUUUCCAAUUGAUAUACUACCUCAUGGUUGGAAUCCUGAAAAAUGUUCUCUAUUGUCUGUGGUACAUUACCAAGCAAUUUGUAGGUAUUCUGGAAAAUGGGGUCCAUAGGAUGUGUUCAGCAACAGUGUCAUACUUCAUGGCCAUUGGGGAAGAACUGGUGAGCAUUCCCUGGAAAGUGGUCAAGGUCAUUGUCAAAAUCAUCAGGGCCCUUCUACGAAUCCUCUGCUGCCUGCUGAAAACCAUUUGCCGAAUUCUGAGUAUCCCGAUCAGAGUCCUUGUGGACAUUGUCAGUUUCCCCAUGUACACAGUUUGUGCCAUCCCAGCUGUCCUUAAAGACAUUGCUGUGGGCCUGGGGGGCACUUUCUAUCUCCUCCUGGACACUGCCUUUGGCACUAUUGGCAGCCUGUUUCACGUGCUUUUUAGUGUCUGUAAACGGAUUGGCUCUAAGGUAUCUUAUGACAACUCUGGGGAGUUGUAGAAGGAAAAAUGGACCAGGAGAAUCCAUCCACCGGGAUUUUGACUUUUUGUAAGGGAGAGUCAGAGUGAUUCCUCUUUUCAACAUGUGGCUUCCUGCUCUUAAUUCACAUGGCAUUUUGGGCACUGACAAUAUUGCGAAUUCACUUAGAGGUUAAAGGGAAACUCCCUGUGUUUGCAAAGAAAUGACAGUAUGAUUUAGAAUUUUCUGCUAGCAAAGUGGUGAGGGCUGAAAAUUGAGGGUUAACUAAUCUCUUAUGGCUCUACAGUCUAGUUUGGUCAGGUGGUCAGCUUUUUCUAAGCCAUAAACACUUUCAGUUCUUCACUAUUAAUAAAGUAGGAAAAUGGCUGCCAUUUAUUUCCUCAGAAAGUGACCUACACCCUAAGAGAUGUCUGUCUGCUAGUGAUGGUUGAGAUUUAGGGAGAAUAAAAUGUUCAUACAAAGUGUUUUCUGAAAACUGGGAAAAGGAAGUUUGUUCCUCUCCUUGAUAUUUGGUUCUUCUCAUCUAAUCUAAUUGAACCCAAUGAGGUCGGAUAAAAAAAAACCCACUAUUGAUGUUUUUAGCUGAUUCUUGAAUCUUCUUCCAACAUCAUGACCUUGGAGCAAUGUAAAAGUUGCCAGCCUGAAGGACUGAAAGCUUCAUUACCUUGGGUGAGAAGAUUGCCACAACCCAAGAAGGUCCUUUGGACUUUCAAAGCCCCCCAAUAUGUAGUUAUAGUUCUCAGUUGAACAUAAUAGAUAAUGGAUUUUUUUUUUUUGCAAAAUGUGACUUAAUGAGGUGGGAAAGUGAGUCCAGAAUUGUCUUGGCACUCAGCACAUAUAAUAUUUCUUUCUCGGGCAAAUGCCCAGAAACAAUAAGAACUCAGGGUCAAAGCUUUGUUUACUCUUGUGUAGUGUUAGUGAUCUUAUGGAAUCUUUCACCAAGCCAAGAAACUGACACCAACUUAAGGGUCACCUGAAAAUCUCAUGCUGAGAGCCCCCCACCAUCGGCUAAUGUGAUAAUGACCAAAUUAAUUUGGGCUUCUGUAAGAGUCAAUUUAAUGAACACAUUCUCAUACAAAUCAAGACAAACAAUAAAACUAAAGCACUUUAAAUGGGUCCCUAAAGAAUCAUUUUGAUUAGGAAAAAAAAAAGCUUACACUGAGAAGAAUUCAAAUUCAUGUAUUUUCAGAAUUAGCAUAAUAGAGGGAAAGCUGCUACAAAGCUUCUCAGGAAACUAGAUCCUUGGUUAAGAAAUGUCUCAUAGGAAAAUAUUUUUUUGUGGGCAAUAGGUCAAUGAAUUUAAGACUCUUAUAAUCUGUCCUUCAGGUUACACUCUACAUAGGUCAUGCAAAUAAACAUCUCCAUUUUCCUACCUCUUAACACAUUCAUUAGCCUAAAACCAUUUGAGAAAGCAAAACCACCCUCCUCAGGAUUUACUCUGCUUCUGAUGCAGGAUCAUUGCCCAUGGAAAGGACUGAAUAAUUUUAACAAAACUGAGUAGUCAGAGGAAAAGCUAUGAAUCAGAAGGAAGUUGGGUAGGAAACACUGACACCAGAGGCAUCUGCCCUUUACGUUCUGUCAUCUGAAAGUUGGAUUCGUAAAUUAAGAGACAGGAAGGAAAACAUUUUUACUGUGGCUAUAGAGGCUGGUCAUUUUUUUGCAUUAGAAUGGUGGUUGGAAAAUAUUAGUGUAAUGAAAGUAGAGGGACUGAAAAAAGAUCAUUGCAUUGCAUUUAAAGAAAACUGCAACCAGUGAAGCACCAGCAUGAUAGAUCCAUGAUGUGAGACUUGGAACACAAGUCCUGGACAGGCUUGAGAUUGGAAAAUAUAGUUCAUAUUUAGAUUUUUGAUUAAUUUAACAAUACUCAACCACUUACUUCCAUUCAUGAAAGCAUAUGUGGCCAGACAAAACUUUCUAUUGGCAAUAUGGUACGAUGCAAGGAGUAUUGACUCUGAAGUCAGAGGACCUGCAUUCAAAUCCUGGGUAAAUUAGACUCUCUGGCCCUCCAUUUCCUCAUUUAUAAAUUGAAGGGGUUGACUUCUGAGGUGCCAUCUGGUCUGAAUCUAUGAUCCUAUGAACUAUGGGAGUGAUUAGGGGGCAGAAAAUAGUGAUAUUUGGUAUUGACAAAGCUGAUUUGUAGAAUCAUAGGGAGAGGAAGCAACAUUACCACUGAAGUUUAGAGCUGAAAGGGGCAUUCUUAUUUCAUAGAUGAGGAACCUGAGUCCCACAGAAUUACAUGACAUAUCCAAGAUUACACAGCUAGUUAGUGAUAGAGUCUGAAUAAGAACUUGGGUGUCUUAUCUUCAUUCCCCUCCAUCAGACUUAUUCCAGUGCCCACUCCUGGCUUUUGUAGUCCAAGAAGAACUAGCAAUUGAUCCCAUCUACCUGUAGCACCACAACUAACCCAACUGUGGUGUUUGGGCCUGGUCCCUUUCCAAACAUGCCUAGUAACUAAGUAAUAACUUAUUUAACUCUUUGAGUUCAUUGCAUCGUACAUACCAUGGCCUUCCUAGGAAAAUGGGAAAGGAGAAGGAAGCAAAAUGCCUGCUAUAGUUAGAGAAUGGGAGCAGCCAUACUUGCACUGAGUGUGUCUACUGUAAUUGACAAUCUUCUCUGUUUGCUAAGACUAGGUUGCUGUUGUUAUGAAGCACUUUGGAGGGAUCAGAUUGGGGAAUAGCACAAACAGAGCCAUUUUGUUUGGGCUGUGAUUGAAGGGGAAACUUGGGAUUGCAAAACAUUUCUAUCUUGAGGAUUUCAUUGUUGCUCUUUCAUAUUUGUUGUAGCUUUGCGGAAGGAUUGUCCAUAUGUGAUUUGUUUUGAUUUGA